AUGGCUUCACCUGCCACUGUAUUGACCGGAGAACGCUUGCGAGCCUACUCGGUUGCGGCAGACAAAGCAUUGGCUCAAGUGAAAAGCAUCUUGGAGACAAGGCAAAAAGAACUGGAGGAGUACGAUAGCCUUAUUAAUCGACUUGAAGAGAUGCCCAAAAAGCGAUCUGAAGCUGUUAUGUGUCCUAUUGGUUCAGUUGGCUUCCUUCCUGCGACCAUUGUUCACACCAACGAAAUACUGGUAGGCUUAGGAGAUGGAUACUUUGUGGAUGCUUCAGCAUAUCAGGCUGCCGAAAUUUUAAAGAGACGAAGAACUGUUCUGGAAAAAAAUAUCGACGAUCUUCAUCAACAUGAGAACAUAAUCUCGCAACAGAUUGCUUUUGCCAAAGAACUUUUCGAACAUCAAAAUACUGAUGAAGUGGAGAUACGCGAAGAAUACGACGAAGAAAGGGAAGAAGAGUUAAGAAAGAAACGCAGGUCUAGAACAUCAGCAAAGCGUCACCAAACCAAGACAGUAGCUGAUAUCAAGGCAGAGGCUGAGAUGAUGAAACGACUAGAAGAGCUGGAACAGCAAGAGCUGCAGAAUGGUGAAUUAGAUCACGAUACAGAUGACUUCUGUGGAAACGAUUCGCUUGAUAUCCCACAAAGCACUACUGACGAAAAUGAAGGCGCAACCCGAUCUGUCCCGAGUUUAGAUCAUAGUCAGUCUGAUCAGUCUUCGCUUCCUUUGAAACCCUCUACUCUCGCAUCAUCAAGCAAAUACACUGAAUCCUCUUCAGCCACAUGCUCAAAGGAACUCGGCAGUGAAGACGCAACAUUUAGCAGGAAGGAAAAACCAGACCCUCAAGUCAUUGACAAAACAGUGGAGGAAGAUGGAUUGUCAGUGGGUGUCUUCAGUGGCCAAAGCACUACUGACGAAAAUGAAGGCGCAACCCGAUCUGUCCCAAGUUUAGCUCAUAGUCAGUCUGAUGAGUCUUCGCUUCCUUUGAAGCCUUCCACUCUCGCAUCAUCAAGCAAAUACACUGAAUCCUCUUCAGCCACAUGCUCAAAGGAACUCGGCAGUGAAGACGCAACAUUUAGCAGGAAGGAAAAACCAGACCCUCAAGUCAUUGACAAAACAGUGGAGGAAGAUGGAUUGUCAGUGGGUGUCUUCAGUGGCGAGGAUCUGAUCAAGGCGUUAACUGAGCAAAAUCAAAUGUAUGAUGGAAACAAUGAAGCUUGUCGGCCUCCUCGUGGAGUUGAUCCAAAAGAAUUCCAGAAGCUCCUCAAAAUGGUUGAAGACAUGAGUUGCGAGGACAGCAGCAGUGAUCGCAUUUCUGAAGAAGGUGGGGAGGAUGGAGACGUUGAGGGAGAAGAGGGUUUGGAAAAAGAAGCUGAAAGAUCUGAAUUGGAUUCGGAUGAUCUCAGCCAACCUGAAAUGGGAGAUGGGCGUACCGACCGUAGUUCUGUGAAGAUUGGGAAAUUUGUUGUCCAGAAUUUGGGACCUAAUGCGUCAGCGAUGCCCACCAAGUCAUUAGAAACUCAGAAAGCACUCAAAGAAGCGGGAAGGUCUUCAACAGAAGGCAGCGGUUCUUCUGGGAUAGACGAGGUCACAAAUAAAGAAACUCGGGACAAUAGUUCUCCCGACAACGACGAAAGCACUGAACCGUCGGAGACACGUAGCUGUGAGCUUACAGCUCCUUCACAAUCAAAGAAAGCGUCAAUCCUUCUAAAUGCUGACGAGAAGUCUCCCAUAAAUAAGGAUGAAGUCACGAAGCUGAUUGUAUCGUCCAAAACUGUACUACCUGGCUCAAAGGAAGCGUUCAGUGGCGUUAUCAAAGAGCGGAAUGUGGAAGUACUUACCACGAGCGAUGUUCCUGCAGCCACCACGCAACCGUCAAGUUCAAAACCACAGUCUCUAUUCAGAAUGAAGAGAUUACAAAAUAGCAUAUUGAUAAAAUAUAAUGCGUUCUGUUACUGUUUCUUUUGCUCAAAAAAGGAAAUCAGCGAGUUCUCAUCAGACGCUGGCUCAGUCCCUAGGACAACUUUAGCUAAGAAAUUUCAAGCGCAUCCUGAAGCUUUAGAUGAGGAACCACAGUUUCAAAUAGACGCUAGAAAAAUGGCUUCAAUACUCAAAGGUGACCCAAGAGUAACAGUAAUAAUGAACUAUGAGCGAGACUGUGUGAACAAUUCAGCGGCAGCCGCAGAGAAGGUUAAUGAACUGGCGCAGCAGAAGAAAAUAAAGAAACGGUAUCCUCAAUCAGUACGUACAUCAAUAACUAUGCUAGACGAGUCGCUUGCAAAGCUUCCCACGGUAACCUUUUCAUUUCCAUCUAAU